AUGAUCCUUCCCGGACAACAUAAAGUUGGGGGGAUUAGUAUUGUGGCGGAAAGAAAAUACGUGGGUGCAUCUCUAAAGUUCAAUGCAGUCUCGGACUGGUGGGACGAGUACAUUGCCUACGAUUCUCUGAAAAAGUUCAUCUACCAGCUCGAGAAACAGCAGGUCCAGCACGGGGAAAUCCUUCCUCAAGCCGACCUUGAGGCUGGAGAACAUGUAUCAUUGCUCAGAGACGAGGACACCACCUCGACCGACGCUGCUUUCAUCCCGUUACUCGACCGUGAGCUCAAGAAAAUCGUCAGUUUCUACGAGAUCCAGUCCAAGGAGUUGUUCGACGAGCUCGAGGAGCUAGAGGAAGCCGUCAGGGAGCAGGAGGCAUUGGGCAAUACCGACCGCUACAACGACUAUUCGGACGGGGAUGAUGAAGACGAUGACGACAGUAUCUCGAGAAGUCCUAGCCGAGCAACGCACACCCGCCAAACCAGCAGACGACGCAGUCGACCCCGUCGAGCAACGCUGAGCCACGACCCAGUCCGACGGUCGAGUAUCGCCUCCGAUGGCGACGGUGCAAUAUCCAGACUGGUCAACUCGCUGAGGGACAGCUUCUCAGGGGAGAACACCGUCUGGACAUCUGGCACAGACUAUGCCUACGACACCCGUCUCCUAUUCAAGAGGAGGAUUACGAACCUCUACAUCCAGUUCACCAACCUCAGGUCCUACGUGGAACUGAACUACUCUGGUUUCCGUAAGAUCAUCAAGAAGUACGAUAAAGUGACCUAUUCGGAGUUGAAGGAUAGGUACCUGCACCAAGUGGUCGAACCAGCAUUGCCUUUCACUGCUACUUCCAAGGACCAAUUGAAUGCUGGAAUCAACACCCUCAUCGACUUGUACACCAAGUGUGUAACGCGAGACGACAGGAACUUGGCCAAAGAACAGCUCAAAUUGCAUCAACGUGAAAACAUUGCUUGGGAGCGAGACACCGUAUGGCGACAGAUGAUUGGACGCGAGAGAAGAGGAGAAGGAGAUCCCGAACUCGAUGGCGCCGUGAUAAUGAAAGGCCCGGAGCCUCCAGUCCUCGACGUUCCAACGCCCGUCGGCCGGUUCAAGAUCACCAAGAGGAAGAUCUAUAAGGUGGUGGCAGCGUUACUCUUCGUCAUUCUCCUCAACACGAAGAUGUUCGAGGAGGUCGAGGCCAACAACUGCUUCGCAAUCCUCUGCCUUUGCACGUUCCUGUGGGCGACCGAAGCAAUCCCGCUGUUCGUGACGUCGUUGUUUGUCCCGCUCCUGUUGGUUCUCUUCAGAGUUAUCCGUGACGAAGAGGGUGAACGCCUGUCCACUCAGGGUGCCACCAAAUUUGUGUUUUCGAUCAUGUUUUCACCAACCAUCAUGUUGUUGAUCGGUGGCUUCACGAUCUCGUCUGCAUUGAGCAAGACCAACAUCGACCGGAUUCUUAUUACCCGAGUGCUGAAUCUAGCCGGUUCCAAGCCAAGUACUGUGCUUCUCGCCUUCAUGGGUGUUUCGUGCUUCGCCAGCAUGUGGAUCAGGCAAGUAAAUAACGUUGCCGCACCGACCUUGUGCUUCGCGCUCAUCCGGCCCAUCCUGCGAACCCUACCGCCUAAAUCGGCCUUCGGUCCGUGCCUGAUCUUGGCAAUCGCACUAGCAGCGAACAUCGGAGGACAGAGCUCGCCCAUUUCGUCACCACAGAACCUUAUUGCCCUCGCGGCUAUGGACCCGCCGCUGGAUUGGGCAGCAUGGUUCGCGGUGGCUCUCCCCGUUUCGGCUCUUUCAAUUGUUUUGAUCUGGCUGUUGCUCCUCGUGGCUUACCAACCUUCACGGAUGCCCGAUGGAGAGGGCGAGAUUGAGAUCAAGCCCAUUCGGCCCACCAGGGAACCUUUUACUCUCAAGCAGUAUUGGGUAUCCUUCGUUUGCCUUGUCACAAUUGUAUUGUGGUGCAUCGCCCACAAGAUCCAGGAUUAUGUCGGCGACAUGGGUGUCAUUGCCAUCAUCCCCAUUGUGGCAUUCUUUUCCACUAAUGUACUCAAGAAGGAUGACUUCGAGCACUUUGCCUGGACGAUCGUCUUUUUGGCGAUGGGCGGUAUUGCUCUUGGCAAGGGUGUUGUCGCAAGUGGUCUCCUCGUAUACGUGGACACUGGUCUUCGUCAUGCCCUCGAAGGCCUCUCCCUUUACUCGGUCGUACUUAUCCUUUCCCCGGUCGUCCUUGUUAUCUCCACUUUCAUCAGCCACACUAUUGCGAGCGUCUUGCUCGUACCCAUUGCCAAAGAAGUUGGAAACAACCUUCCGGGACAGCCCAAAAACCUGUUGAUCUUCUUGACUGCACUCAUCUGCUCGGCCGGAAUGGGUAUGCCAGUUUCUGGAUUCCCUAAUCAGACUGCGGCCACUCAAGAAGACGAGUUGGGCGACCUAUACCUGUCCAACGUUGACUUCCUCAAGAAUGGCGUUCCUGCGAGUAUCAUCGCUACAAUCGUCAUUGCUACUGUCGGGUUUUUACUUAUGAGGGCUAUCGGAUAUUUCUGGUCUUUGUCAUGGUUCUUCUGGGACUGUACAGUGACUACUCGUGCUCUCCAUUGUUACCUUCUUCAUACACGAAUCAAAGAACUGGUUUACCGCACCGCAGCGGCUCUUUCGCGCUUCCUAUCCCGGUGCUUGCCUUCCUCUUCUCUCGUCGAAAAGACUCACGCGUACUAUUUGACAGUUUCUGACACCGUUUCGAAAGUCUCAUGGGUACCAACGCCCUUUUCGGGUAUCCAAUUGAUUCCCCGACCCAGUGAAAAUCCCUUGGAUAGCGGGGUUGUGGGGAAGCUCAGACAGGGAACCAUUCCAAAUUUUCCAUUCUAUCCUUUUCCAAUUGUCUGCACUCACGCGGUCAUUAGGGUGCAGGGAAAAAUGGGUUAUGGCAGGCGCCGGAAGACUGUGGAGACCUUUACCCAAAGGCUGUCCGGCGUCGAGUCUUUAACUGGUUAG